AGAUUUUGUUUUCUUUCUUCGUUGAUAUUUCUCAUUUGAGUCCUACUCUUUUGCUGGUGUUUGUAAAGAUUUUGUUUUUCUUUCAUUUUAUAUCAACUUUCAAAAGUUGUUCAAUUCUUUUUCAUGUUUUCCUAAGUGGGCGUUGUAGAAUUUUGUUUUUCUUCGUUCAGAAAAAUUAAAAAGAAGGUGGCCGACAUUAAUCAGUGCCAACCAAAACUGGAUGGUUAUUUUCAUUUCCCAGUCUGUAUUUGUAGGCAGCUUCAAUCAAUCUUCUUUGUUCAUUAUCGGGGAUGGGAAGGGUGAAGUUAAAGAUAAAGAAAUUGGAGAGCAGCGGUAACCGGCAGGUUACGUUUUCGAAAAGGAGAAAUGGAAUCUUGAAGAAAGCAAAGGAGUUAUCAAUACUAUGUGAUGUAGAUAUUGUCCUUCUCAUGUUUUCCCCGACUGGAAGGCCUACAUUACUCCAAGGGGAGCGCAGUAAUGUCGAAGAGAUUAUUUCAAAGUUUGCCCAAUUAACUCCACAGGAGAGGGCAAAGAGGAAAUUGGAGAGCCUUGAAGCACUGAAGAAAACUUUUAAGAAGUUAGACCAUGAUGUAAAUGUACAAGAAUUCAUGAGUUCAAGCACUCAGACAGUUCAGGAUCUGACUACUCAAGUAAGGGUAUUGCAAGCCCAACUUACAGAAAUACAUAAGAGACUGAGCUUUUGGUGUAACCCAGAUAAGGUUGACAAUCUUGAACAUCUAAGCCAGAUGGAAGACAUGCUUAAGGAAUCAAUCAACCGAACACGUCUACACAAGGAAAAUUUGGGAAAACAUCAACUAACGUCACUAAAUUGCUCAAGCCAGUUUCAAAAUGGAAUGCCUUCAUCUUUAUUAGUGGGUGGUAUGCCAGAAGCUCAACCUUUAACUUGGCUUCUCAAUAAUGACAAUCAACACAUGAUAUUACCCAAUGAGUCGAACUAUCUGCCACAUAGAGAUGUAGAUGUGGAGUGCUCUACAAAUGCCUCAGUUUCACAAUAUACUAGUUACUUUGGCACUGGCGCUAGUACUAGCACUGGCAAACAAUCUGAGGUUGGUGAUCCAGUACAACUAGAUAAUAUGGGACAAAUUCCUAAUAUGGAAGGAGGUGGUGGCUUGAAUGAGUUUGACAUAAAUGCUUGUUUAAGUACAGAACCUGGCCAGCAAUAUGUGUAUCCAUCAUAUUGUAGUUCCAAUGUGGAUGAUAAGACAUUGAAGCCUGAGAUGGAAAUGAACUUACCUACAAAUCCGGUGGGUUAUCAAGUAAGUAGCGACUUUGAACUGCCUAGAUCGAUGUAUGACAAUGAGCAUCAUGCUUGGCUUUCUUCAACUGGGCCAAGCGGCAUUGCUGUGUACAAGGAGAAUACUUACCAGCAGCAACCAAACGUGGGAUUGUAGCUGAAAAAAUCAUGAAAGGAUUUACAGGCAUCACACACCGACCAGACAAUGUGAAACGGUCAGAGUUGUCCAAGAGAGGUAUUGAUGUCCCUUAGCCAGUUGGGGCUUAGAUUGAACCUGUAUAUAUACUGUACAAGACAUAUAGGAUCAUUGUUCAUCUGUAUAUUAACUGUUUUGGUUCUCUCAACUCAACAAAGUUGUAACAUGGUUGGGUUGGGAUCCUGAAUUCAGAGCAUUCCACAUUGUAAAUUAUUACUGAUAGAAAAUGAAAUCAAAAUUAUAUCUUGAGCUA